AUGCAACUUUAUGUGGACUACCGACAGUUAAACAAAGUGACUGUGAAGAACAAGUAUUUGUUGCCUAGGAUCAAUAACUUAAUGGAUCAAUUGCAAGGAGCUGGAGUAUUCUCGAAGAUUGAUUUAGGAUCCAGUUACCAUCUGAUAAGGGUGAAAGAGGAUGAUAUUCCAAAGACUCCAUUUAGAACACGUUAUGGUCACUAUGAAUAUGUGGUGAUGUGCUUUGGGUUGACGAAUGCACCUGCUGUGUUCAUGGAUUACAUGAACAGAGUAUUUCGUCCCCUUUUUGGACAAAGAAGGAAACCGUUGGAAUUUGAAGUGGGUGAACACGUAUUUCUAAGGGUUACUCCAAGAACUGGGAUCGAAAGGGCGAUCAAAACGAAGAAGUUGAAUCCGAAGUUUAUUGGACCUUUUGAAGUGUUGAGGCGAGUCGGGCCGGUGGCAUAUCAAGUAGCUUUGCCGCCGCAUUUAUCUAACUUGCAUGACGUAUUCCAUGUGUCACAACUUUGGACGUACACAUUGGAUACAGGUCAUGUGUUAGAGCCUGACUUGGUCAAAUUGAAGGAGAAUCUGACUUUUCAAGUCACACCAGUGCGGAUCGAUGAUACUAGUGUGAAGAAGCUACGUGGAAAGGAAGUUCUGCUGGUAAAGGUAGCUUGGAAUAGAGCUGGAAUGGAAGAGCACACUUAG